CGGCGGCCGCGCGUGAGGCGAGGGGAGGGGAGGGGGCGGGGCUACGGCGGCCGGCGAGGGGCGGCCAUGGCGGACGGCGAGCGCUCCCCGCUGCUGCCGGCCGAGCCCGAGCCCGGCGCGGCGGCGGCGGCGGCGGCGGCGGCGGCGCCCGCGACCCCCCCCGGCGCGGGGUCGCCGGGGGCGGGGCCCGGAGCGGAGGCCCCGCCCCCUUACUCGCCAUUGGGCAGCCCCGAGGGGGGGGCGGGGCCGGCGGUGACCUGCCGCGUCUGCCAGAGCCGCAUCAGCGUCGAGGGCAAAAGCCACCAGCACGUGGUGAAGUGUCACGUGUGCAACGAGGCCACCCCCAUCCGCACGGCGCCCGGCGGCAAGAAGUACGUGCGCUGCCCCUGCAACUGCCUGCUGGUCUGCAAGGCCUCAUCGCAGCGCAUCGCCUGCCCCCGGCCCUACUGUAAGCGCAUCAUCAACCUGGGCCCGGUGCAGGCCGGAGCCCCCAGUCCCGACCCCCAACCGGGGGGACGACGGGUGGCGUGUGGCCACUGCGGGAGCCCCUUCCUGUGGACGGAGUUCUCGGAACGGACCUUGGCCCGGUGCCCGCACUGCCGCAAAGUGUCGGCCGUGGGGCGCCGCUACCCCCGGAGACGCUGCGUCUGCUGCUUCCUGCUGGGGCUCGUCAUGGCCGCUGCCGGCGCCGGCCUGGCGGUGGGCACCUGGGGGGCGGCGCGGCGCUUCGGGGGGCUCCACGCGGCCUGGGCCCUGCUGGCGGCGGCGGCCGGCGCCUGUCUGCUGCGCGCCGGCUACUGGGGCUGCGUCCGCGUGAGCCACCCGCUGCCCGGCCCCGCCUGAACACGCCUGAACACGCCUCGACACGCCCCGACACGCCUCGACGCGCCUCGACGCUUCGUCACGCCGCCACGCGCCGCCACACGCCUCGUCACGCCUCGUCACGCCUCGUCACGCCUCGCUGGCGCCAGCCCGGGGGAGCCACGCCGCCCGCGCGCGCUCCCACACGCCUCCCACACGCGUGUGCCGGGGAGGUGUGGCAGCUUGGCGCACCUAGACACGCUUCGGCACGCUCUGACACGCUAUGGGCACGCUUUGGACACGCUGCGGCGCGGCGCGGCACGCUUUGAGGCGCCUCGACUCGCUUAAACACGCUUCGGCACGGCUCAACACGCUUUGGACACGCUUUGGCGCAGCUUAACAUGCCUUGAGGCGCCUUGGCACGUUUCGACACGCUAAGACGCGCUUCAACGCGGCUCAACACGCUUUGAGGCGCCUCGGCACGCUGCGACACGGCCUGACACGCUUCGACAUGCUUCAACACGCUUCGACGCGGCUUGACACGCUUCGACACGGCUUGAAGUGCUUUGAUGCAACUCGACACGCUUCGACACGCCUCGACACGGUCAACACGUCUUGACACACCUUGAAACGCUUCAACACACAUUGACGUGUUUCAGUGGGGUUCGACACGCUUUGACACGCCUUGACACGCUUCAACACGGCUUGACGCGCUUCGGUGCAGCUCGACACAGUGGGUCAACAUGCCUCGACACGGCUGGACACGCUUUGAGGCGCCUUUGACACGCUUCGACGUGCCUCAACACGCUUCAACGCGGCUUGACACGCUUCGGCGCGGCUCAACACGUGUUGACGUGGCUCAACAUCACGGCUCAACACGCGUCAACACGCUUCAACACGCUUUGACCUGCCUUGACGCAGCUCGAGACACCGUGAGGCGCCUCGACGCGCUUCAACACGCCUCGACACGCUUCGGCGCGCCUUGACAUGCUUCGACACGCCUUGACACGCUUUGGCAUGGCUGGACACGCCUUGAGGCGCCUCGACACGCUUCGGCGCGGCUCGACACGUGGCGACAUGGCUCGACAUGGCGGCCGAACACGCCUCGACACGCUUCAACCCGCCUCAACACGCCUCGGGGUGGCUCAACACGCCUUGAGGCGCCUCGACACGCUUCAACACGCCUCGACACGCUUCGACAGGCUUUGACACGCUUUGACAUGGCUCAACACGCUUCGACACGCGUUAACACGCUUGGACACGGCUCCGCUCGCCCCCCCCCACGCGUGUGGGCGGGGUUUGGCAGCAUUCGAGGCGUCUCGACACGCUCCAACACGCUUCGACACGCUUCGACACGCAGCGCAGCGCGGCGGCCAUCUUGCAUGGCGAAGCUCCGGCGUGGCGGCCAUCUUGCGACGGCGGCUUCCCAUGGGGGCGGCCAUCUUGGAAUGGCGGCCUCCCAUGGGGGCAGCCAUCUUGGAAUGGCGGCCUCCCAUGGGGGCAGCCAUCUUGCAAUGGCGGUCUCCCAUGGGGGCAGCCAUCUUGGAAUGGCGGCCUCCAUGGCGGCGGCCAUCUUGGGUGGCCAGGCCGCGGCGCUGCGGCCAUGUCGGACAGACGCCCUCCGCCGCGGCGGCCAUCUUGGACCCGCCAACCCCCCCCCCCCGGUACGGCGCCCGGGACCCGCUUCCGCCCUCCCCCUUCCCAGCAUGCACUUGGCGACGGGGAGGAGCGCGUGGCCCCCCCCUUCCAAUCCCACAAUGCCCUGGGGCCCGCUAGCCCCGCCCCCUCCGCGAGGCCCCGCCCCUCCUGCUGUACAUAAGCCCCGCCCCCCGCGUGUACAUAUAUUUAAUGGCUCCUCCCCCUCCGGCGGGGGCAGGGCAGAGACUGUAAAUAAAGGCCCGGACGCCUGGGCCCCUCGGCCUCCCGGA